AUGACCGAGCAAGCACAGAUCAAAAAGAUGUUGCAACAAAUCGGCGAGAAAGGGCUUCUUGUCACCAGUCGAGAAAACAAGAUGAUCGAUGGGAGAAUGCACCACCUUGUUCGUUACCAAAUCAAAGGCGAUUCAUACAUUGCGCAAAGCACAAAUGUUAGCCUAGAUGAAGCAAAAACGGCAGCCAGAGCCGACUUUGCGAACUAUGUCUACUUCUUCCGCAAUGAAUUUUCUGCGUUUGCACUGCGAUCCCGAUUGCCACCAUGUCAUGAUCCCGUUCUUCAAUCGACAAUCGAUCAUAUUGGACAAGAGGAUUACAUGGCGAAAUUUCACGGUGGAUGGACAAGGGAAACGGCUAAUAAGCAUUUCCAUCAGCUAUUGAAAGGAAUUGGAUUGAGCGCUGAGAUGCAGCCCGAGAUCAAAUAUUUUGGUGGUGAGAGCAUUGUAUCAUAUGCUUGCGAGGAGAAAGUUCAUGUCAAACAGGGCAACAAAAGGAGAGGUAUCAUCGCUAAAGGAUCGGGCGAUUGCAAAGAAGCGUGCUUGAUCGAUUUCCGGCUGAAUCUCAUCCGCCAAUGCUAUCCCUUUGGUUUUCUCAAGAGUUGUGAGGAACAACAGGAAGUGAUGCAAUCGAAGAGACAAGAGUUCAAAUUUGAAGUCAUAUCAACACCUGAAGCGAUGAAAUUGGCACAAAAAGUUGUAGCUGUUCGUGGAGAGGACUCUCCACUUGCGUCUCUCUCAUCAACUCCCAGCCGAACUAUCGAUGAAAUUUCUAAAUCGAUCACUUGGGAACCACCUUUUCCACCACCAGACGCAAAUCAGAAAUUGACGCAAAAACACAUGAAAUCGCUUCAAAAGAGGAUUGCAAUUGAAAAAAAACUGAAGAAGGAGCAACUGACAGACGAAGAGAUGGCUCAGCAGAGGAUCUGGAAACGACGAGAAAGCUUACCAAUUCAUAAAAAGAAGAAGGAGAUAAUUGACCUCAUCGCCAAGAACCAAGUUGUGGUGGUACAGGGAAGCACUGGGUGUGGAAAAUCGACACAGAUUCCCCAAUUCCUCCUGGAGAAUCAUCUCGCACGGGAACAAGGUGCCAGCUUUGUUGCCUUCAUCACUCAACCAAGGAGAAUCUGUGCCAAGUCAUUGGCAAAACGAGUUGCUCAAGAACGAGGAGAAACUCUGGAUCGAAAGGAAAAGAUCGCCAACAGAUCGGUUGGAUUUGCGAUGAGAUUUGACAACAACUCACCCCGUGGUUAUGGAUCGAUUUGCUAUGUGACGGCCGGAUAUCUCUUGCGGAAAAUGCAGUCGGGACUCCAUGGAGUCAGCCAUUUGUUCAUUGAUGAGGCACAUGAGAUGGAUAAAGAUAUCGAAAUCCUUCUGACUCUUGCAAAAGAUUUGGCGCAAAAGUUUCGAGAUUUGAAGAUUAUUAUCAUGAGUGCUACCAUCAAUGUCGCUUCUCUUCAGGAGUACUUCCCGAAUUGUGGAUUCUUUCAGCUUCAGGGAAAAACGGCGUACCCAGUGGAAGAUUUCUAUCUGAGUGAUGUGAAACGAAUUCUUGAAGCUGCCGAAAAUGAGAACAGUGAUCCACAGAAAGAGCAUUCUCCUAGCAACGAUUCUCAAUUAGAAGCAAAAUUCGAUACUCUACCUGAACUGAAUGAAGACAUGGCGGCUCUCAGUUUGGAGCACAAAAUCGAUGAGAGGUUGCCGUUUGAUUUGAUCCAGCAACUCAUCGAAUACAUUGACGGAAACGAGGGUGAAGGUGCGAUUCUCGUUUUCUUACCUGGCUGGGGAGAGAUCAAACGCCUUUUCACAUUGCUCAGCGAUUCCAGUGCUCUUGAUCAAGAAGCCAUCAAAUUGUUGUGUCUUCACUCAAAACUUCCAAAAUGGCAACAGAAAUUGGUCUUUGCAAAAGGCAAGGGAAAGCGAAAGAUUAUUCUUUCUACAAACCUUGCUGAAAGCAGUGUCACGAUUGAGGAUGUCGUUUUUGUGAUCGACUCUGGAUUGGCUCGAGUGGCUCGCUUCUCUCCCGAAACGAACACCAACUACUUUUGUACGAUCAACGCCUCACGAGCAAAUUGCUUGCAAAGAAAAGGCCGUGCUGGGCGUUGUCAAAAAGGAAAGUACUACUUAAUGGUCCCGAAGGAGAAAUAUGACAGUUACCACGAAUUCAACGAGUCAUCUCUGCUGAAUACAACUCUCUACAAUGUCUACUUGACAAUCAAGGCACUGAAACUCGGAGAUGUGGAAGAUUUUCUGGGAAGAGCCCCUUAUCCGCCAUCAAGCUUGCGAAUCGUAGAAGCAAGGUGUAAGCUACAAGAAAUCGGAGCUCUCGAUGUGCACGAUCGGUUGACGGCUCUUGGCCGGGUUCUGGCUGAAAUUCCACUCGAAGUCGAUCUUGGAUCAGCUCUCAUUCUCAGCCGCUUAUUUGGUGUUCACGAUCAUGUUAUCGAGCUCAUUUGCAACACUCAAAAUGCUCCAUGGAAUUUAAUGAUUUCCAAGAAAACAAUCAACAAAAUCAAGGAGCUGAAAAACAGCUACAAAAAUAAGAUCCCAACGCCAUCGGAUCACGAAGUGAUGAAAUUAGUGGCUGAGAAAUUUGCGCUACUUAACGGAGAGGAACAGAAAGCUUUUCUGGAGACGUAUUCUUUAGAUGGUGGUGCGAUGCGGGAAGCAAGGCGAUCGAACUUGCAACUACUUCAAAUCUUAGAGCGUCACUUCGGCAAGAAUCCCGAGAAGAAAAAGAAGGAAGAGAAUCCUUCGCUGUCCCUGGGCAUCCUCUCUCGAGCUUUUUACCCGAAUACCGGAGUCAUUGAUAAAGAAUCGAAAACGAUCAUAACAAUCGCUCAAGACUGUCCCGAGAUCAACUCGAUUUCUGUCGCUCACAUGAACAAUCAAGCAGCGAAUCGAAUUUGCUUUUUCAACGAAAAGACCCAAAGCAAUAAAAAAGUUCACUGCCAAGAAAUCUCGACAAUUUCACCGGUUCAAUUGAUUCUCUUUGCGGCUGGGCUUGUGAAGAAAAGUGAAAAUGGAGAAGUUUUGAUUGGAGACACAAUUCGAAUCAAAUUGGACCCAACACUAGCCGACGCUUUGCUUCAGCUCCGCAAUUGGAUCAAGAAUCAUCUCAUUAAUUUGUCAGCAAUUCCUGAAGAAACCACACUUAUCUUUGACCAUUUUCUGAAGCUAGACUAUAAGAAAUGU